CGUGCAGAGACGAUCUUCGGCACCACCAUCUCCGCCGUGAGUCGGUGUUUAGAUCCGCGACGUUUCCACCGCUUCUUCUUCUCCUUCCUCCUCCUUCCUCCUCCUCCUCCUCCUCCUCUUCCUCCUCCUCUUCCUCCUCCACUCAGCGUGGAACCGGUCCACGGAGAUCUCGACUCCGAGUCCCGGUCCAGUCCGGAUCCAGCGCCGCCUCUGGGCUCCACAUGUGUCCGCGGGAUGGCGACAGGAGGCGGACAGAGAUCUGACAGCGAGCCGUGAAGCAUCAUGGGAGGUGGCAGAUGGGCGAGCUGGCCGCGGGCCGACCAGUGACACACACACACACGCACACACACACACACACACACACAAAAACACACACCAUGGAACAAAGCUUCAGCUUAAACACCCUGAAGAAGCUGGCGGCUGAACCCGACUACACCGACGUGUCUCUGACGGCGGCCGAACGCGUCCGUGCUCUGGGGAAGAUGGGAUGCAGCGUAGAGAUCAACCAGGACAUCGCGCCCAGACGCUACUUCCGCUCCGGGGUGGAGAUGGAGCGCAUGGCGGCGGUCUACCUGGAGGAGGGCAGCCUGGAGAACGCCUACGUCCUCUACACCAAGUUCAUCACUCUGUUCGUAGAGAAGCUGCCCGGACACAGAGACUACCAGCAGAGUUCAACCGUCCCAGAGAAACAGCUCAUCAUGAAGAAACUUCAGGAAGUGGCGUUUCCUCGUAAAGACGAGCUGAAGAAGCGUCUGCAGGAGAAAUACAGCAGGGAACACAGCGAGUACCUCAGAGCCCAGAGCCAGGCGGUGGUAGUGGAUGGGUGUGGCCAACACCUGCAGCGGCUCACCCUAUUGGACGAGGACAGGAGGCGGCUCCUCCUGCUGGAGGAGGAGAAGCAGCGCGUCGCCGCCCUCCGCCGCAUGCAGAUUGAAUCGGAGCAGUUUCGAUACUUCGAGGACCAGCUGAGGCGUCAGGAGCUGGCCAAUAGGAGAGGAGAGGAGGCGGAGCAAAAGGCGGACACCAAAGUGCCUGAGGUCACGGAUGGCUCCUGUUUGUCUCAGCGGCCAAUCAAAGCCAGCGUACGAUCACAGGGGGCGGAUCCUAACAGGAACAGACCGCCUGCUCCGGUCAGCCAACCGGCCGCCACGUUGGCUGGAGUACACGGUCAGAGGGUCGAGGGUCUCAGGCGGGUGGUCAUUCCCAGAGAUCUGACGUAUCGUUUCCUCUUGUUGGCCGACUCCAACACAGCCAGAGGAAUAGAAACCUGUGGAGUCCUCUGUGGACGACUGACGCACAAUGAGUUCGUUCUUACUCAUGUCGUGAUCCCGAAACAAUCAGCCGGUCCGGAUUUCUGCGACAUGGAGAACGUGGCGACUGUCAGUUCAGGACCACAGAACUUCCAGUGUGUGACCUCUGACCUCUGGUGUGUUCAGACUCAUCCCACCCAGACGGCCUUCCUCUCCAGCGUCGACCUCCACACUCACUGCUCUUAUCAGCUGAUGCUGCCGGAGGCCGUCGCCAUCGUCUGCGCUCCUAAACACAACGACACCGGUGUGUUCAGGCUGACCGGUCCAGGGAUGACGGAGGUUUCUGGAUGUAGACUCAAAGGUUUCCAUCCUCACUCCAAGGAGCCUCCUCUCUUCGCUGUGUGUAAACAUGUGGUGGUCAGGGACUCAAAGCUCAGCCUGCUGGACCUCAGGUGACAGACAGGAGGCGCUGUCCAUCCGUUUACUGCCAGGCUUUUACUCUGAAGAGGAAACUGUGAAGACGCUGCCUCUGCGUGUUUUUUUUUUUGUUUGUUUUUUUGAAUGAAGUGUUUUAACACAUUUGA